AUGUCUACUGUUACAGCUAUUGACAACAAUUUAAGCAGCCAAUCAAAAAAUAAUGCUAGUAAACGGGUAUUGUCUUGUACUAAAAUUUUCAUCAAACAAUUGAUUGAACGUAAACCAAUGAUAAUAUUACAAGCUGAAAUUGAUACACAAAAUGAAUUGAGACGUGAUCUAAGUUGGAUUCAAUUACUAGCGAUUGGUCUUGGUGCUAUUAUUGGUUUUGGAAUAUUUGUAUUAAGCGGACAAGCUGCUGCAAAAUAUUCUGGUCCAUCAGUCAUAAUUUCAUUUGUUAUAACAGGAGUUAUCGCUUUAUUGUCGUCUUUAUCAUACUCAGAAUUAGCAGCAAUGAUGCCUAGUUCUGGAUCAGUUUACACAUAUACUUAUGCAGCUUUAGGAGUUUCAACAGUAGCACAAGAAGCGAAGGCACCAGAGAGAUCACUGUCAAUUGCUACUAUUGCGUCAACAGUUAUUUCACUACUAUUGUAUAUUGGAAUAUGUACUGUCAUGGUUGGACUCGUUCCAUAUGAGUCAUUAAAUUCAGAUAGUCCUCUUUCAGAUGCAAUAAAAGCUACACCUUAUGGUCUUUGGUUAUCAAUUCUCAUGGAUUUAGGUGCUAUCGCUAGUCUUACAACAGUAGCAUUGACGGUGAUGCUCUCAGAAACUCGAAUAUUUUAUGCAAUGGUUCAUGAUGGUUUACUACCACCGAUCUUUGCUAAAAUUCAUAAGACCACAGAAACUCCCCGGAUUUCGAUAAUAAUUAGCGGUGAUAAUUCUUUUUUGUACAAUUCAUAA